UCUGCGUCUGUAAUGUGGGGCGGAAAUGGCUGGGAGGGGGAUGGGGAUGUUGAAUUUGGAAAUUGGAGGGGACGCUGGUGGACGGAUUGGGUGCAAGGAGUUGGUGUUGAUGGAGGAGCAGGACGCCAGAGUCCCAGCCCUGGAACCGUUCAGAGUGGAGCAGGCACCACCUGUAAUCUACUAUGUCCCUGACUUCAUCUCCAAAGAAGAGGAGGAGUAUUUGCUUCGACAGGUUUUUAAUGCCCCAAAGCCAAAGUGGACCCAGCUCUCUGGGAGAAAGUUACAGAACUGGGGUGGGCUUCCUCAUCCCCGAGGGAUGGUUCCUGAGCGGCUGCCCCCAUGGCUGCAGCGCUACGUGGACAAAGUGUCAAACCUCAGCCUCUUUGGAGGUCUCCCAGCUAACCAUGUCCUCGUGAACCAGUAUCUGCCUGGGGAGGGCAUCAUGCACCAUCAGCCUGGGCUCCCACACCGUGCUGGACUUCUACGAGCCACGGCGGCCAGAGGACGAUGACCCUACAGAACAGGCUCCCCGAUGCCCCAACCUGCUGAAUGGAUGCCCCUGACUCCCCAGCAGACACUGAUAUCCUUUGAUACCCCACCACCAUUAACUCAGGGGGGGCCUCACCUCCUCCCAGAUGCUCUCUCUGCCCCUGCUCAGGGUGCCCCAGACGUCCUGCUACUCCAGGAAUGUGAUUUGGGGUGCAGGACACCCCCAGAUUCUCCUUGACCCCUUGACACGAUUUCUCUGAGUGAUGCAUUUCUAGCACCCCAGUGUUCACAGAAACGCCCCUGAACACGCCGACCCACUCCUUGAGGCUUGCCCUCAAGCCCUGCAUGCUCCUGGAUGCUCUGACACUCCCUCAGCUGUGCGGUUGUCCUCUAAUGUGCUGAUGUCCUUGGGAACCCCCACUGCCUCUAACCUCUGCCUCACUCUCUCCUCACCUGGUCCUGGCUUCAGCCAUGCUCUCUCAGCCCAGCUCUGCCUGUAUUUCCUGGGGACUGCCUAUUCCUGGGUCCCAGCCCCAGCCUCAGCCCCUUUGAGAUCCCAGCUGCAGCUCCCACCGGCCGCUGACCCUUUGACGCCCCCAUCUGCCACCUAGAUCCUGCCCCCUCCCGAGGGACUGCAGAGCCCUCGCCCUCCCUUUCCAGCAGCCCCAGCCCAGGCCCCAGCAAUUUUCACUCCUGAACCACCAAAGCCUCCAUCAUUGUGAGCACACUUGCUCUUCAGCUUUUGCCCCUGGGGACUAGCUGAUCCCCGGAGGCUACCGACCUCUCGCCCACCCCCCGACUUCUUGAGCCCUGCUGACCCUCAACCCGCCCUGCAGCCUCGGCCUCCGCCCCGGCCCACCACCUCGCUACUGCUGGAACCGCGCAGCCUGCUGGUGCUCCGCGGCCCCGCCUACACGCGUCUUCUCCACGGCAUCGCCGCCGCCCGCGUAGACGCGCUGGACGCCGCCUCCCCGCCGCCCAAUGCGGCAGCCUGCCCGUCGGUGCGGCCGGGAGCCUGCCUGGUGCGCGGCACCCGGGUCUCGCUGACCAUCCGCCGCGUGCCCCGCGUGCUGCGCGCCGGCCUCCUGCUGGGCAAGUGACCGCCAGGGCCGGGACCCCUCGGAUUCCCAGGUUCCUGCCCCUUUGGGGCUGCUGUGACUCUGCGACCUAGGAACCGUGGGCAGAGGGGGCUCCCCUGGGUUAUUUAUUUUCCCAAUAAUUUUGUGUGAGCUACAGAAGACCCCAUACCAAAUAAACAAAAAAAUCUUUC